GCUUCCUGGUGUUGUGUAUUUGUUAUGAUCCCAUGACGCGUUUUCAUUUGUUUGAACCUUUUCUGGGAUUAGUUCGUUAAUAAUGACGCGUUGUGACUGAACGUGAACGUGUUGCUGACGGAGAUCGUGGGACGCGUGUGUUGAAGCUCCGCGAUGUUCACGGAGUUAGCUCCUGAGGCUAACGAGUCAAAGUGAGACGCUAAGUUCAGAACCAGCUCCAAGGAUGUCUAAACUAGAGCGUCUGAAUGCUCGCGUGGCCAAGCUGCUGUCUGAGGCGGUGCAGGAGGUUCUGGAGGUGGUGAAGGAGACGGUGUCGGAGUACCAGGAGAAAACUGCCCGGACACAGAGGGAGAACAAGAGUCUGAAGAGACGACUGCUGGAGCUUCAGGACAAAAUAACGAGAGAGAGUGCACCUGCUCUGCCUGACAGUGGACCGUUGCCUGAAGAAAAACCAGACACAAAGACUCACGAGCAGGACUCCAGUGUCACUCAGAGGCACAACUCAGGCGUCACACACUCAGAGCCACAGCCGAUGAGCAUCCACACACCUGACCAUGACGUGAAGCAGGAAAGCAGAGAACAUGAAAGCCACAAUAAUACUGAAUCACUGGCUGAAUGCAACUUAGCUCAAACAUCGCUUGAGUAUUGCAAAGCACAACCGGAGGAGGAGAUGCACAUAACCGAGGAAGGGAUGUACGCAACUGAGGAGUCACUGACUGUUCAACUAUCACACAGUGCAAACAGAGAAAUCAGGUCUGUCUCAUCUCACCAUUUGCACAAUCCUCCCUCCAUCUGUCCACUUGAGGUUAACCUGGCUGCCGUCAAUAUAGAAGCAGAGCUGACAAACUGCAGCUCAUCAGAACCUCUACCUCUUCCAGAGCAACAUCCCGGAUGUGUGGACUUAAGCUGCAACUCUACUCGUCAUAACCCUGGUGAGGCCCCCCCGCCACAAGUCGGCACUGACCCUUACGAACUCGUCCUUGCCCACUCAAAGCACAGCGUACAGAGGAGGCAUGGAUUUGCAAAACCAAACAGGACUUUGUUUGACGUGAGGAGAAUCAAGAGGGAGGACUUCACGGUGGACGACACCCACUUGUGUGUUGUUUGUGGGAAGACGUUCACCAGGGUGGGGAACUUGCGAAUCCACCAGCGCUGUCACACGGGGGAAAAGCCGCAUGGCUGCGUACAGUGCGGGAGGCGCUUCAGUCAGGCAGGAGACCUGAAGAAACACAAGCGCGUUCACACGGGGGAGAAACCGUACUACUGCAACCAGUGUGGAAAGAGCUUCAGUCGAGGGGAGAAUCUGAAGAGACACCAGAAAGUCCACAUCGGAGAGAGACUGCAGAUACAGCAGACGUGGAGGGAGCAGCAGUUGUGAUUAUGAAACAAGACUCAGCGUGAGUCAUUCAAAUCAGCACACUUUGAUUGUGAGCGAUACUUUUUCGUGUGUGGAAAAAGUCAAGUAAAAAAUAUAUUUAAAUAAUUAAAGCUACGGACUUUGUGUAAAUGUGACUUUCCUGUAACUCAUUGGUUGAUUGUUCCAAGGAGUCGCUUGCUGUUUGGGAUUUUAGUCUCUUGUGUUCUUUUAUACGAUUUUAUCACGACUGCCAUUUUGACAUUUCCUAACAUGAAAAUCACAGGUGUAACUGAUGACACUAAAAAUACAUUCAUAUUGAUCAGGUUAUCUGUUUCGAGGAUUCUGUUGUUGUGCACACUGGCUCAGCACUUAUUGGGAGUGAAUGAAAUUAGUUUCACUUCCCCUGCUGUGUAAAAAGUCUAUUGUGAUGUAACAAGACCAAAGAGGCUGAUGAUUUACAGCUGGUGAUACAAAGGCACGGUGUAAUUUUUUUAUCGUGGUAUAUAAAUGCAAAAACAAAAGCAUAAUGUGAAUGAUUAACACUGAAUAUUUGAAUUAAUUCUCAACAGCAUGAAUGUCAUAAUAAUAAUGAGAAUUUUCUUGAAAGACGGAAUCUUGUUUGCUGUAUAUAUUUAUUGCAGAUUAAUUUAGUUAUUUUAGGAUAAAAAGAAAUGAACCUUGCACAGCUCAAUAUAUGAUAAACUGGCACAUACAGCUCAGUGAGUGACUCUUCAAACAAACAUCGUCUUGUGACCAAAAUCAUUAAAUAGGAAUAACGUCCUGAGGA